AUUGAUUGAUUGAUUGAAUGAUUAGUUGUUUACAUUAAUUAUGAAAAUUGUUUAUAAAUUGAUUGAAAUGUGAUAUCAAUUGAAUUGCUAUUUGUUUUGCUAUUGAUUUGUAUUUGUUUUGUGACAAACACUCAAUGAAUUAACAUUUUAUUUACCGACCGAUCGGUGCAAUCAUGUGUUUAUCAGUGUUUGUCAUUUAUUGUCUGUUAUUUGUUGGCCAACAGUUGCGGUCAAUCGAUGCGACGGUUGAUGUGAGUCCGACACCGAUUGUCUUUUAUCACGGAAUGGGCGAUACAUCGCACGGAAGUAUUUAUUCACUGCAGAAGUGGUUGGAGUCAAAGAUUGCUGGCGUUUAUGUCAUGUCUAUCCGUAUGGGAAACAAUACRGCCGAAGACCUAAUGAGCGGUUAUUUUAUGAAUCUUAACGAUCAGGUGACCGAAGCCUGUCGUCAGCUAACGGCCGAUACACGACUGGCCAAUGGCUUUAAUGCCAUUGGCUUUUCACAGGGCGGACAAAUUAUACGAGCAAUUGCACAGAGAUGUCCAACAAUUAAGAUAUUGAAUUUGAUUAGUUUGGGCGGACAACAUCAGGGAGUUUAUGGUUUGCCUCGUUGUCCACAAGCAAACCAUAUCUGCGAUUUGGUCCGAAAACUACUCAAUUAUGGCGCAUAUGAAGAGUACAUCCAAAACCAUGUGGUUCAGGCAGAGUACUGGCACGACCCGCUUCAAGAAGAUUUAUACAAACAAAAGAACAUAUUUUUAGCCGAUAUUAACAAUGAAAAUAUUCCCCGAAAUACCACUUAUAAAGAGCGCAUUCUUAAGCUUAAGAACUUUGUUUUGGUUAAGUUCUUGAAUGACUCGAUGGUUGAGCCCCGGGAGUCGUCUCUCUUUGGAUUUUAUAUCGCAGGUCAGGCACAGGAUAUCUACAAAAUGAAAGACACGACUUUGUAUACUGAAGAUUGGAUUGGACUUAAAGAGUUGGAUAUCAGUGGACGACUUCACUUGUAUGAAGUUAUUGGAGAUCAUCUUCAGAUUGAUAUCAAAUGGUUUGAAGAGGAAAUCGUAAAUAAAUAUCUUAAAUAAUAAAACUAUUUACUAAAAAUUGUGAUAAAUUUUAUAUUCUGUAAUGA